AUGUGGAAGUUUAUUUGGAACUCUCUUGCUCCCCCUAAAGUGAAGACCUUCCUUUGGAAAUCUUGUCUUGGUGCUAUUGGAGUGUUGACAAACCUGAAGCAGCGUGGUGUUAUGGUUUCAGAUGUUUGUGUUGGGUGCAGGCUUGAUGCUAAAUCAGCCGAACAUGCACUUGUGUACUGCCCACUGGCCAGGCAAGCCUGGUUUGCAUCAGUGGUUGCCUUGAGGGUUAAUGCACGGCCUAAUCUUUCCAUUUUGGAAUGGAUAUUGGAAUGGAGCAAAAGUCUGGGUGCUUCUAAAAUGGAGCGAAAGGUGUGUUUCACUUCUCAUGCGAUGGUCGCCUGGGAGAUUUGGAAAUUGAGGAAUGCUAGAUGCUUUAAGUCCUCGGUUCUGGCCUUUAGCUCAUGGAUCUCUAUGGUCAACAAGGAGGUUGAGGAGGUUUUAUCUAUAGCAUUAUGUUCUCCCCCGCUUGCUGCUUCUGCCUCGAGGUUGGUGACUCCCUCCCACCCUCUGGUGGGAUGCUACUCCUUCUUUGUGGAUGCGGCUACUGGCUUGAGGCCUAAGGCUCUGGGUAUUGGGUGCGUUGCUUUUGAUCCGGGAGGAGAGAUCUGUUUGUUUGCUUCUGAGCAUUUUGCAUUGGCUCCAACAAUAGUUGGUGAGGCAUUGGCAAUCCGGUUGGCUCUCAGUUCUACUAGGAAAAUGGGGAUCCGCUCCAUCCUAGUCUCGUCGGAUUAUCUCUCCCUCAUUGAAUGCCUAUCCCCAUCUCCCCCCCCAUCUCCUCCUUCUUUCUCUUGUAUUAUUCCAGAUAUCUGUAUCCUCAAGGCUUCGUUUACUUUUUGUGAUUUUGUCCAUGUCAAUAGGAGUGGAAAUGGCUUAGCCCAUGCCAUUUUGAAGUGGGUCCUCUCUUGCCCUUCGGGUUGUUUUUGGGAGCCCCCCUUCCCUAGGGAGGUCUUGAACAUUGUAAAUCCUUUUUUGAGUAGGUUUGAUGAAUAG